AUGAGGUCUCCGGCCAGGGCGGCGCAUGGCCGCCGGGCCGCCGCCACCCCGCGCCAGGCGUCGUCCCCCUCCCGGCCGCCCCGCCGCGGCCGCCGGCUGCGCGGCAUCCAGAGCCCUUCCCUCGCCUCCGCCCGCCGCGCCCCCGCCCCCGCCCCGGCGCACGCGCCGCCGCCAGCCACCCCGCCGCUCCGUUGGCCCGGGGACGCCGUGGCGCCCCGCGGGGCAGGCGCUGCCGCGUCCGUGAGGAGGAUCGCCGCGUCGCUGUGGCGGGCGCACCCGCACCCGCCGCCGCGGGAGCCCGGGAAACCGCGGCGACGGUUGGAGCCUAGCCCAAGGCAUCUGCAUACUCCGGAUCGUUGCAAUUACUACAAAGCGGUCCUUGAGGGCAGGACAGGAACUAAGCCUCUUGGCAAUGGCAUCAUUCGUGAGGUUGGACCUUAUUCUCCAUCACCCCGAAUUGAAAUGGAAGUAGCAACAAAAUGGGACCGUCGAUGCCUGAACACAUCUGGCGGUGCUGACUACGAUUUCUGUGAUCGUCAUGCAGCAGCUGCUGAUGAAGAAAUCUCUGCACUUAAAGAAGAGCUUAUGCAGGCCCGCAACCAGAUUCAUGAGCUUGAAGCUGAGAGCCGAUCAGCUAAGAAGAAGCUUGACCACUUGGUGAAGAAUCUCGCUGAGGAAAAGGCUUCCUGGAGGAGUAGGGAGCAUGAUAAGGUUCGAAGCAUCUUAGAUGCUGUUAAAGGGGAUCUGAAUCGAGAGAGGAAGAAUCGACAAAGGGCCGAAGUCAUGAACUCAAAGUUGAUGGAUGAGUUCUCUGAGCUGAAGUCAUUGGCUAAACGAUAUCUUCAAGAUUAUGAAAAGGAAAGAAAGGCCAGGGAACUCAUGGAGGAGGUGUGUGAUGAAUUAGCGAAGGACAUUGCAGACGACAAAGCUGAGGUCGAAGCUUUGAAGAAAGAGUCAAUGAAGAUAAGAGAUGAGGUGGAGGAAGAAAGGAAGAUGCUACAGAUGGCAGAGGUUUGGCGUGAAGAGAGGGUACAGAUGAAGCUUGUGGAUGCUAAACUGACAUUAGACAGCAAGUAUUCACAGCUGAGUGAGCUUCAGGCUAACCUGGAGGCUUUCCUCAGUUUCCACCGAGGCAGCAGUGUAGACAAAGAAACAGUAAGAGAUGGUGAAGGGCUCAGGGAAGCAAUUAGCUCAAUGAAGCUUCAUGGUAAAGAGUUCUCAUACAAACCACCACCUCCUUCAGAGGACAUUUUUGCUGCGUUUGAGGAACUCAGACAGAGAGAAGAUAUUAGUGAGAAGGAAAUUGGACAGUGUAAUGGAGAUACUCCCUUGAGCCAUGCAACAAAGAUCCAUACAGUGAGUCCUGAAACUGACAUCUUUCUGGAAAAACCAGCAAACAAAUAUUCCACUGAACCUUGUGCCAGAAAUGAGGAUGACGAUGACAGUGGAUGGGAGACAGUCAGCCAUGUAGAGGAGCAAGGGUCUAGCAAUUCACCUGGUGGAAGUGAACCAUCAGUAAACGGUUUCUGUGGACGAAACGAUGCAUCAGCAAGUGGAACCGACUGGGAAGAAGAUAAUUGUGAAAACUGCAGAUCAAAUAGUGGCAUCAGUGGUGUCUGUUCGACGACUGGAGAGAAGCACCCGAAGAAGGGGUCUUCUUUUGCCCGACUCUGGAGGUCAUCAAAUGGCGACGGCAGGAGGAUAAACAGGUUCAGAGUUACUGAAUGUGAGGUGUGCCGAGUCUCACCGGGUGUUGGGGACUGGAGUCCAGACUUGCUAAACCCUCAUGUUGUCCGCGCUAUGAAAGGGGGUGUCGAAUGGCCCCAAGGCACCCAGAAGCGCAAGCUGAAGUCCAAACUCUUGAACGCAAGGACCAAUGGACGUAAGGUGAAUUUGAACGGGACAUUUUGUAAUCUAUACUGUAGAGGAACAGUAACUGAAAUCCGUGCACAGUCCGCCAAUCUGGAUGUUUGA